AUGGCAACAGCUCUACGUUUCAGCAAUGCUGCCCUGCGCCCAGCAUUGAGCUCCGUCCGAUCUCCAGCUAAAACUGCCGCAUUCAAUGGCUUACGAUGCUACUCUUCAGCUAAAUCACAAACACUCAAAGAGUCAUUUGCCGAGAAGCUCCCAGGCGAGAUUGAAAAGAUCAAGAAGCUGAGAAAAGAAUUCGGCUCCAAGGUCAUUGGCGAGGUGACUUUGGACCAAGUCUACGGUGGAGCGCGCGGUAUCAAAUCCCUGGUCUGGGAAGGCUCUGUCCUCGACUCAGAAGAAGGCAUUCGGUUCCGAGGGAAGACAAUUCCCGAAUGUCAAAAACUGCUGCCCAAAGCUCCUGGCGGAGAAGAACCAUUGCCGGAAGGUCUCUUCUGGCUCCUUCUGACCGGCGAAGUUCCCAGCGAAGAACAAGUCCGAGAUCUCUCAGCAGAAUGGGCCGCCCGCUCUGACGUUCCGAAAUUCAUCGAAGAGCUCAUUGAUCGCUGCCCCAAUGACCUCCAUCCAAUGGCUCAGUUCUCCCUUGCGGUCACAGCUCUCGAACACGAAUCUGCCUUCGCAAAAGCUUACGCCAAAGGCAUGCCCAAGAGCGAAUACUGGAGCCACACAUUCGAAGAUUCAAUGGACUUGAUUGCCAAGCUACCGACCAUCGCCGCCAGAAUCUACCGCAACGUUUACAAAGAUGGCAAAGUGCCUGCUGUACAGAAGGACAAGGACUACGCCUACAACUUUGCCAACCAGCUCGGCUUCAGCGAGAACAAAGACUUCAUCGAAUUACUGCGAUUAUAUCUCACAAUCCACACCGACCAUGAGGGCGGCAAUGUCAGCGCUCACACUACGCACUUGGUCGGCAGCGCUCUCAGCUCUCCCAUGCUCUCACUCUCAGCAGGUCUCAACGGCCUAGCUGGCCCGCUGCACGGAUUAGCCAAUCAAGAGGUCCUCAACUGGCUGCAAAAGAUGAAGAAGCAAAUUGGUAGCGAUCUCAGCGACAAGGCCAUUACGGACUAUCUCUGGUCCACUCUGAAAUCUGGACAAGUCGUUCCCGGCUAUGGCCACGCCGUCCUACGCAAGACCGACCCCCGCUACGUCUCUCAGCGCGAGUUUGCUCUACGUCACUUGCCUGAUGACCCAAUGUUCAAGCUGGUCAGCCAGGUAUAUAAGAUCGCCCCAGGAGUUUUGACAGAGCAUGGGAAGACGAAGAAUCCGUUCCCUAAUGUUGAUGCUCACUCGGGUGUUCUCCUUCAAUACUACGGCUUGACCGAAGCUAGCUUCUACACAGUCCUCUUCGGUGUUUCACGUGCGAUUGGUGUCCUACCACAACUGAUCAUUGACCGUGCGGUUGGUGCGCCCAUUGAGCGACCUAAGUCUUUUAGCACGGAGGCUUGGGCGAAGCUUGUUGGAGCAACGUUAUAG